AUGUCCCGAGACCACCUCUCCGUGCACACUGCAGCAACUUCAAAUGCAUCUACAUCGGCCACAAAUGGCAUCAACUCAGCGAGCUCAGGUUCAUCAGCCAACAGCAUCGCUACUGUAAUUGUCGCCGUGGUCGUGGGACUUCUUCUACUUGCAAUCAUCGUUUGGAUUACUAUUACGGAACAUCGCAAGAAGAAGACAUCGGAAGGAUUGAGGGUCAGGGCGAAGGAAGACAAAGAGCGAGCGUUGGUAGGCAACGGUUCGAGCGAGUCGUUUGAGAGUUUCGAGUCCGAGUUGAAAGAACCUGGACCUGCGAUGAAGGUCUUCUCCUAUGCAAAGUAG